GCAGUUGGUGAGAUGCCUUGCUGUGUGCGUGCUACUGCUUGGCCAGUUUUGCCCAACCCGUUUGCAUGCAGCGUCACCGAAGCUGCGCGGGAGGUUUUGAGCCUUUGAAUUCAAAUUAUUCGAAAGCAUCCCCGACAGUAAUCAAAAUACUGGCAAGAAGUUUCUGCGCUAAUGUAUAUAAAUUGAGUGUUGGGGAGGGCGGUUACAGGUUUGCAUGCACCCAACCUGCGAGAGAGAUGGGCUAAACACGGAAGCGUGAUGACCGCACCGUAACCUGCGCACUUUUAUUUACUGAAAAUGGUCAGCAUUGUGGGAAACGGAGGAAAGAUUACAGAAAGGGGGAUUAGUGCAUGAAAUCGCUAGGGUAGCGCUGAACGACCGGGAAUAGCAAUAGAUAGUAACGUUCUCGAUCAGAAUAUCGGCACCUUAUGCAUAAGGAGACUCACGGUUUCAUCGACUAGAACACAAGCAACGUUCUACUUCUAGAACAAAGCUUAGAUGAAAUCGGCAUUGGCAAGCCUGCGCCACUAUAUGUACGCACGAAAAAUAAAAGUUAGAAAUGUAGCCAAUAAACCUUUGUAUCAUUGCUGCCGCUAUUUUUAGAGCUUGAAAGGUGCAUUCAUUAUGCUUCAGUGAAAACAAAGCCAAAUAAAUCAGAAACUUUCUCAUUAAAACUCGCAUUAGUUAUUCCAUAAUUAUGUUGAAAAGGUUUAACAGGUACACCGCAACAAAUCACUUUCGUUAUUCCCACUCUGUUCAUGCCAGGUGAGUACUUUUGAUAGAUAGCUCACGAAUUUCAGACAUUGUAAAAUUUGACACACACCAGAGACAAACAGCUGUGUUACAAGUGCAAAAGCCUGUGCACAAUCGCAUCAUAUGUGUGUAAAGUGUGGGAAGCCAGUCAUGUGGCAGAGGUAGAGAAGGGAUGGUAGAAGAGCAUGUAUAAUGUGUACGUGCAUGUGUGUGUGUACGUUUGUACACAUAGGUCUGAUCCAGACCAUGACCUGUUGCAUUUUGCUCCUCGAAGAGUCGGGACAUGCUUCGAGUAUGCUCUUGAACACUUUGCUAUAUGGCAAAGGCGGUUUAUAUAAUAAAUCUACAACCUUAAAAAGGUGCAAUGUAAUGCUCGCAUUUCUCUCGCAUUUACUGCUUAUUCACCAUUGAGCUUAUUCAAUUUUUUUUUGUCGGGAAAUGACUCAGCACCUUACACAAGUGGAUGUAUUGUGUGUACCUAAUAUACCCAAAUUUCAGCCAAGUAUCUUCCUAUAUUAAGUGGUGUUGUGUAACAUGGGGAGAGAAGUUGAGACCACAGAAACUUGGGAAAUUUGUAAGGCUUCAUGGUAGCUACGGUGCAUCACGACAAAAAAGGACCAAGGUAAGGACAGGACAAGUACGGUCCUGUUUUUACUUUGCCUCAUGUCUACAUAUUUUGUUGUGAAAAGUUGGGUUGCCAUGGCUGAUCUCUGUCAGGUGCCACACUGCUUCUUGCAAGCCAUGUGGCUCUUCACAUCUAAAGCAAGGUCAAUUAGGGGUGCGAUCUUGUACGCGUUCCAAAAUCGAACGGACCGCCUCGGCCCGUGCUUUAUGCCACGAAAUAGGCGGUCCAUUCCGUUGCGUUCGUCCGAUGGCGGACGACACGGACUGAUUGACAGCAGAUAUCACGUCACAAAUGAUGUCGUGGCGUUCGUCACGGUUCAAAUUGACCAAUCGUGUGCGGCUCGGUGGAACGGACCGCCUCCGUUCUAUUUUGGAAUGUGUACAAGAUCGCACCCUAGAGGUGCUACCUGAUCACUUGUUUCCAGCUGUUGAUCUCCCUUCCUGUGGCGCAGGUGGGCACUUCUUUUGCUGUUUCGUUGGCCUAAUUGCAUGUACAGUCAGUGGGCAUGUUGUUGCACUUGACAUCAAUGCCUUUGCUGCAUGUUGCAUAAUCCUAAGGUAAUUGCAGCAUUUUUGUGUGUGUGUGAAGAAAGCAUAUUUUUGUGCCAAGCAAAUAUGGACAGAGUUGAGACUAAGGCCAGCCUCUGUCUCGUUUCUCACUUUUACUUUUUUGGUCCUUUAGUGGAUAUCACAUCUUGACUUCCUAUGCAUGACCUCUCACCAUGUUAUGUAUAGUCACGUUCAAUAUAUGCUUUAACAUGGUCACUGUGGUCCAAGAAGCCCCCAAGACUGCAUGGCGACAAUUUUGAGUACGAAGCACCAUUCCAGUCACUGGUAUUUAUUAAACCAAUAUUUCUCCGAUUGGAGAACUAAACCUGUUUAGUCCUUUUCCUGUACUCCGAUUGUUUCUGUAACAGAAAAAGAAAUAAAAUGAAAGUGGACAUCGUUCCAAUUACUGGUAUUUAUUAAACCGAUAUUGUGUGUGUCUGCAUCAUCAUGCAGUCUUGGAGCCCGUUGGCUGUCCACAGGCACCAUGUUGCAGCUCAUAUUGAAACCACAUUGUUUGUUGCACACUCGUGCAAGUGUACUAUGCAUAGAGUAACAGUAUAUUUGAAUCUACAAAGGUGGAUGAGGUCUCAUCAAGCACAAUUUAGUGUUUGUAGCUUCAGGCUCCUCUCAUGCCUAAGGAACCAAAUACACAAAACUGAAAGCUUCUGUUAAGAGCCUACAAGCUUCAGCAUUCAAUAAUGUACCUCUUUCAUUGCAGCUGCGAGAAAAGGUUGGAGUGGCGAAUUCCAGAAUGAAGUCCUAGAAAUGCAUAAUGUUGAGCUUUCUCACGUUUGCAGAAUAUCUUAACUUUCUUAAAUAAGUUCCUAAAGGCUUAUCUAAUGUAAGCAUUAAAGGUCCGCAAUAGCUGUAUUGUGGAGUUAUUGCAUGCGUAAGGAAGCUGUCUGUAACUACCUGCAACAUCACUGGAUUUAACCAGAUGCAAACCUUCAGGCAAAGUAGCUCCUAAUUUGGUGAAAGGAAAAAUACGUAUUUAUGCACUUGAAAUGGAACAGCACAAUCUAGAAAUAUUAGUGAAAAUCAACAUAAAUCUGAAGGGCUGGGACUGCCUGCUCACUUAGCAGCCAAAAGCGUCAAUCUCCAUAUUUUAGUUGGAUGUUUGAUAAGCAACACUGUGUCAAGUUUAGCAGUUACCACAAAUGUGAAGCUAUGCCACUUCUCGCAGGAAAAAACUCGUUUACUUGAAUCUACAGAGCUAGAAAUCUGUCCCAAAAUUUUCCUCUAAUGCCAGAGAAAGGAACACCACUGCAAGUAAACUGAAUAUUUUCCCACUCAGUGCCAGUCACAAAUUCUUUACAAAACUGCGUGACAUUACAACUUAAAAUUCUCAUUCUUGUGUGUAAUCCUUGAUUGAUGUCUCGAUUGUCUUAUCUUGGUUUCUUUGCACAAGUAUUUUGAUAAGCUAUAGUAAUUGGUCAAAUUCACUGCUUUCGAUUCUUUUGAGUGUAAUAUAAAUUACACCAACAGGCACGGCAGAUACUUACAAAUUCAAGAACACUAAGUACUCUAUAGGUGAAGAAUUCAGUCAUAGAGUGCAGGAAAAGAGAAGAAAACUCUGGGAAAGCACUAAAUCGAACUGUGAGAAAGGUGAAAAAGUAUCCCUAUUCUUUGAUAAACUGUACAUAAACGACAGCAUGUUUGUCUGGGAUGACGAAAUAAACGUGAGUCAUAGUUCAAAAAAACGCCGAAAUAAGUCGACCAGUAACUCGAAGCCACAAACAUUCACAGAAAUAACACUGCUAAAUGUGAAUGCGAGAAGUAUUGUAAAUAAAACUGAAGCAUUAGAAAACCUGCUACUUGAGCACAGCCCUGAAAUUGUUGCUAUUGCUGAAACAUUGCUUUCACCAGGAAUAUACAGCCAUGAAAUAGCACCCCCAAAUUACUCAGUUAUCCGUAAAGAUAGACCAACUCGAGGCGUAGCUCUGCUUAUUAAGAUGAGUCCUUACUCUUUGUAUUGACGCCCAACGUUCCAAAUGUUGAGGCUGUGUUCUGCAGGAUUACGUGCGAUGAUCUUGCUAUACUUACUGGUUGCUUUUACAGAAGUCCUCUUUCUGGUCACGAAAGUGUUAUUGCUGUACAGGAGUUUAUGCAGACGCAUGCUAGCAAACGAGUUAUUCUUAUGGGAGACUUCAAUUUACCUGAUAUUGACUGGAAUACCAUGCAUCACACUUCACUCUCAUCAAAUUCGCUCAUUGAUAUGAUGCUAAAUUUCGGGAUUCAUCAAGUUGUAACCUCUCCUACGCGAACACAAGGAACAAGCGAUAACAUCCUAGACUUAGUAUUGAUUAUUGACUGAACUCGGAGGUCAUAAAUGGUGUCUCAGACCACAGCAUACCAAAAUGCCAGCUGCCCCUCGGAUGCACUGCAACAGCCAAAACUAGAUGAAAAAGUAGAUGAUUCCGCUAUACUAACCUAUUUAGUGCAUGAAUACCAAGAAUUUUACGAAAUUGCCAACGAUAGUUCUGUUCACGUUAAUGAUCUCUUGCUUCAUUUCAAGCGUAUAGUCUCGCACUGCAUGCGUCAUUACAUCCCGAAAAAAAGUAAAAAAUCAAAUGAAAAAAUCCUUGGAUAACACGCGAUAUAAUUCACGACAAGCGCAGAAUAAAACGCUUGUGGCAUAACAUGAAAAAGAACAGUGAAAGUACACAAAAAAAAUCGCAACUCCCCCGCGCUGCCAACGAACUCAAGUUAAAGACUAAGCUUGUGAAGCAUAUAUAUUUCAAUGAAACAUUGCCUAACCUUAUCAAUGACAACCCUAAUCGCUCUUGGAACUUUUUUCGCACACGACCCGCAACGACACCACAUCGUCCAUGCGAGGAAAAACUGGCACUCACUGAUAAAUUUAACCAACACUUUCAGUCAGUCUUUACUAAAGAUAACGACACAAUUCCAUAUUUGCCACCAUCAUCAUUUCCCACUGUUGACACAUUAACAAUAAACGACUCUGGAAUAUUUAAGCAGUUACUUGAAUUAGACGUGAAGAAAGCAAACGGUCCCGAUAACAUUCCCAACGAGUUCUUCAAAGGUUAUGCUGAAUGUAACAGUGAAUAUCUUGGCCUUAUUAACCGCAAGUCACUUUCGAUGUCAGACCUACCUGAAGAUUACAAAAUUGCCAAAAUUGUGCCGAUUCAUAAGUCAGGCAAUACUAACCUGCCAUCUAACUACAGACCAAUUUCACUUACCAGCACAUCAUGUAAAAUUUUGGAACACAUUAUUCUCAAACACUUAACUGCAUAUUUUGAAGAACAUAUUCUAGUAGAUGUUCAACACGGUUUCAGAAGAGGCUUAUCGACAGUCACUCAGCUAACAGAGGUGGUACACGAUCUUGCUUUAAGUAUUAAUAAUCAUAAUCAAACUAACCUACUUUUACUAGAUUUCAGUAAAGCGUUUGUUUGUGUGGGCCAUACCAAACUAACUGCCAAAAUUACAGCUGCGAUUGGCAAUGGACCCAUUACUGCAUGGAUAAAAACUUUUUAUCUCACUGAUCCCAAUUUGUCGUCAUCGAAAACAUCCCAUCAGCUCCAGUGCCUGUCACAUCAGGGUUCCCACAGGACUCGGUAUUAGGUCCACUGUUAUUAUUGGUUUCUAUCAAUGACAUUACAAGUAACAUUGAUUGUAAAAUCAAGCUGUCUGUAUACGACUGCAUAAUAUGCAGAGAGAUAUGUAAUCACCAGGACCAAGUUCUGCUCAGUAACGCACUAUCAAAAAUAACAGAAUGGUGGGAUGACUGGCAAAUGACCAAUAAUAGAAACAAAACGGUUUGUAUGACAGUAACGAGAAAAAAGCACCCAUCGCUUUUCCACUACACACUUAAUGGCAGCCUCGUAACAAGAGUUCAACAGCAUAAGUAUCUUGGUUUAACAAUAACAUCUGACCUUAACUGGACAUCACAUAUUAACAACAUUACUUCUUGUGCAUUACGAAAACUUUUCUUUCUCAAAAGGUGCCUGCAUUUUGCACCAACUAACGUCAAACUUUUAACUUACAUUAUGUCUGUGAGACCUGUCCUUGAGUAUGCUAAUGUCGUAUGGAUCCCGUACACUAAAACAAACAUAUCUAAACUGGAAAGGAUCCAGAGAAAGGCAGUUAGGUUUAUCCACUGAAAAUAUCGGCACAGUGAUUCCCCUACUCUUCUUCUAACACAGUCAGGGCCUGCAACUGUGGCUGUUCGAGCAAAACGAGCUCAUCUAAAAUUUCUGCAUCAAAUAUUACACAGCCGACUAACAAUAAAUGCCUCUGCAUAUGUGACCUUUUCUAAAUCUCGCAUACUUCGUCAUAAUCAUCCAUAUACACUAAACGAGUUCCUUUGUAAUAACGAUACAUUUCAGUCUUCCUUCUUCCCCUGUGUUGUUCGCAAGUGGAAUAACCUAGAUGCAUCUAUAACUAACACAGUAUCGCAGUCUGAUUUUGUUAAGUUAUUAGAAGAUGAAAUAAGUAGUUAGGAAAGAAUAGUUCUUAUGCACAUAUAACUGUCAGAACUUCCAUUUUCUGAACUAUAGCUAAACAUUUACCUCCCUUGUUUCGUUCUUUGUUUUUGUAACAUUGUAAUAAUCCUUACGUACAUGUAACCUGAAGUGUACUAUUUAUGUGAGUUGCUCUUGUUAUUCAUAUUAUUAGUGUUGUAAAAUUGUGCAUUGAACCUGUUUGAUGUAUUUCCAUUUACAUGUUUUGAUGUUCUUACCAUUUUGUAUAUAAAACAUGCAUUGUAUAUAUAAUUAUAUGCUUACCUGCUAUGGUCUCGAUAUGAGACUGGCAGUAUUGUAAAUAAAUAAAUAAAGCAUUUUCAGUUUAUUGGGAAUGUUACCAAUACAAGGCUGCCAUCAAGUUGAUGACCUGUAAAGGGACGCAUGGUUGAUAUGACUUGUUGGCAUUCAUUGCAGCUCUUCAAUCAGUCAGUUAAUUGUGGCCUGUUUUGAAGCUGAUUGUUUAUGGCAACACUGAGUGGCUUACAUCUAAAAACUUCAUUAUUUGAACUGUAUCCUUGUAUCUGAGCUGUUUAUUUUUUUUUUUUUACCGGUCAGCUUUGAUAUGCGUAAUACUCGUUGGGGGGCUAGUUGGUGCAUGUUUCCAGAAGAGGGUUGUAGCACCGAAAAACACAACACACAGCAAGCGAGACGGGACAGGCGCAACUUCCAACUGUUUAUUCACUGCAUAUGCGAAUGAAUAUAAGGACAAAUCAAGAUGGGUAGCAAGAACCACGCAUGCGCGCGAGGGUUUUUACAAAAAAGCGGAUAGAGAUAGGUGAGGCACACAUGUAUCUCAGGCCCGUGUAUCAGCGGAGAUAGAUGGGGCGCUAUCACAAUCGCUGCAGUUUCUUUCAAUAUAGAAGGCCUCCAACUGUUCACGGGCUGUCUGGUCCUUACUUCUGUUUAAAACCUUUGCUUCUUUCAGCCUUGCCACACACUUAAUUUUUGAUUUAUUUGAUAAAUACUGCCAGCCUUCAGAGAAGGCCGUAGACAGGAGUGGACAGUACAUAUGAAGAAAUGAUCAAAAAUAAGAAGACAAGAACACAUUACACAAGGCUCGCACUACGCACUGAAAAGCAGCGAAAGACCGAUAGUUUGCACGUCGCUUGCAUACAAACCCGUGCUACAGACAUAAAAUUGUACAAAGAUAUAUUGACAGAGUGCUUGACAAGAAAAAACUAAAUCAGGACACGGACCAUUCAAGCUGCGCAUGCGCGUCGCUCGAUAUGACAAACUGCUGUAAUUCAUCACUUAUCGAAGCAUAGCAUGUGUCGCGAGAUGACAAGUGUUGCUGAAAAUCGAAGGCUGAUGGAAUUAUAAAGCACUUAAGAAUGACUGUAUGGUGGGUUUCUCGACAAGGUGUGCACUGAGCCGGUUCCAUUCUCGAAUAGUUCGAGGAAAAAAUGAAUUACUGAAGCAAUCGGUUCUGCAGGCGAAUUCUUUAACUUUUUUCGAGUGAUUUCCUUGUGUGGAACGAUGAGUCACCUGCUGAAUGUACAAUUCCUUAUUGAUAUGCAGAUGAUCAUGAUAUAUUAAAUACAUAUAUUUCAACCUAUCACGAUGACGUCUUAGUUGAAGUGUUUCUAAAUUAGCUUUUUCUAGCAGCUGAGUCGGAGAUGUGUGCCAGCCGUAUGAAUUAAAGACGAAUCUUAUUGAUUUUCUUUGGAUACUUUCGAGUUUUCUUAUAUUUACUUCAGUAAAUGGGUCCCAUAAGACGAAAGCAUAUUCAAGAAUCGGCCUAAUAAAUGUUUUAUAUGCCAGUAACCUUAUUUCUUCUGUCGACUGAUGUAGGGAACGUUUCAGAUACCCUAGCUUCUUCAUGGCCUUUUUUUGUAUGUAGUUAAUAUGUGUGUUCCACCUGAGAUCAGACGUGAUCAUGACACCCAAGUAUUUAUAACUUAAUCUUCCUUUCUUCUCCGCAGGCUUUACAAUGAUGCGGCAGAUGAGAACUAGUGCCAUUUUGUAAAUCCCGAUUAUGUUCCGCUAAUCGGUCGUUAAUACAACGGCCCGUUUGUCUGAUGUACUUCUUUCCGCAUGUGAGAGGUAUCUGAUAUACGACUCCCACGGCACGUAUAGCCAUGCAUAUAUGGCUGCAGCAGCCCAACUAGACAAGGACCAAGAAAAAGAUGGGGGCACCACAUCAAGUGGGGGGGCACCGUGCAGCCUUAUCCCGCCCCGAAGCUGGAUUAUGCUGUCUUGGUGGACUUGCUGCUGCUUUUUGCACUUCAGCACCUCCUGGUACAGCUUUAUCCUUCCCCGAAGAAAAAAAAAGGAAUGUGGAAGAGCAGCUUUCGGAUGCCAUUUAUUUGACGGAAACACCCCUGUCUGGUAGGUCCUUAGUCCUUGUCCAGUCUCACCGUUGCAGCCUGUACCAACUUGCCCGAUUUUCCAUCCUGUUGAUACGAGUGAAUAGGGUAGUAUUAUUUACCGCUGCCACUGUAGGGCACCCGAUGCACAGCACUGGAUCGCGAGCACGUGCUCAGCUGAGGCCAGUAUAUUUGAUAUGGUAGCGGUGCCACCGUAAGGCUGCAAUGGUGUGCUAGAACACUCUAGUGCUGGGAUGUACAAGUUCUGUUAUUUCCACUGAGUUGUGAUGCUUGUGUGUAACUUAUUUGUCUUUGCAGGGGACAAUGGCAUCGAGGCAUCGUGGCCUUCUGGACAUUUCAAAACACUUGGCAUUGGACUAGAAGCACAUCUGUUCAAGUCGCCUAAAUCUCUGCUAGAAGCAGAGUUCAUUCAGCACCCGAUCGGAUAGUAAGGAAGAGAAAGCCCUCCUGCAUUUCCAAGGCAAGCACAAAAUUGGAAGAGACAGUUUGGCAGCUUUUGGUGACAUGAUCGUUGUGUGGCCUUCAAGCACUGCUCCAGGCUGACUUGCACCUACUUCAGUUGUUUGUCAUACUGCAUAAGUGGCCACUGCAGGUUUGAGUGACAUGAGUGAUCUUUUGUUUCAUGUCCAAAGUAUGAUGUUUUGUUUAUGUCCAAUGCAGAUGUGUUUAGUACACAUGUGUGUCAGUCAACUUAAAGGUGAUACAAUUACUGGCCUGCGCUCUUGGGGAAUUCAAUCUUCAUUCCGUAAUUAUGGAGUCUACAGCUGCAUAAAAAUAAAAAAAGUGAGACAGAAAAUUUUCAAUGUCUGUCUCCUUACUGCCUUAAAUUGUGCAGGUGCUUCGUGAAUGUGGUGAGCUAGAGCUAUGCGUGCAUGUUUCUAUGCACGUAGGGCUAAAAUUGUGUUACUGGUGGUCAUCCUCAGGGCAUGCAUAGCAUUAGUUUGUGUUUGUUAUGUUCAUGUGAUCAGUAUUCAUUGUUUACACCGCCUUGGCUUGUUAUAGUUGAUGCAGUCGUGUACUGUUGUGUGCAGUAGUGCACAAGGCGACAAUACACAAUCUUCACCAUUCUGUUGACUGCUUUGCAAAUUAUACAACACUGCAAACAACAGAGGAUUACCAGCUAGCCCAAUCUGCCACCAUUCUUCACAUUGUGCAUUUAGUUGGCAUCUAAUUUUUAGCUCCUCAUUCUCUGACCUUGCCUCAGUGAAACAGUCCUGUGAUCCAUUUGUGCCAUGCAAACAAUUACUCUAUGCAAGCCUUAACCAUCAUUAUUUUGCCGUGCCUUAGUCUUGCAAUAUGUCAUGUCAUUUUCUCUUAUGAACAGUGUCCCUUCUUUUUCUUUUUUUCUAGAAUAGCUUUGGAGAAAAUUGUGUACGCUACAGCUCGGGAAAGAAUGUAUAUGUCAAAAAAUGAAAUAAAAGUUCAUUGUCUGUCUGUCUUAAAAAAUGACACGUAUGAAUGCCGGAAAACGUAGUGUUAUAAGAUACAACUGGACAAAUAGUCUAAACACAGUCAUGACACAAGCAAGAGAAAUGCCAUGUGUGCAAGAAGUACUGCUUUUAAAUCGGUGCUGCAUUGUGGAUCCAAGGCAAACUGAAAAUGUGCUUUAGUCGUAGUAGUAGUAGUAGUAGUAGUAGUAGUAGUAGUAGUAGUAGUAGUAGUAGUAGUAGUAGUAGUAGUAGUAGUUCUGCUGUAUUAGAAAGGGGGAAAGUAGGUAGGAAAUGAAGGGCAUCACAACUGUCUCUCUCUUCAGUGGAGUCCUGAACUGUCCUGCGGCCGUCAGAAUAGAUGGGGUUGAAAUGAAAAGAUGGGGGAGGGGGAAAUAUAAUAGAUGUAUAGAGAAAAGUGAAAAGGGCAGAAAUGCUAUAGGAAAAAAGAUAUGUAUAAGAACUGCUUCACGACCUAGAAUGUAUAUGCCAAAAGAUAUGUUUGCUGGUAAAAGCGUGUAUGCAGUAAAAUAUUGUAACAAAGAAGGUGUUCUGGGUUCUCGCUGUUACCGAGAUCAGAGAUUCUGUUUGGCCAGAACUGCCUGGGUUCUCUUGGUGCUCUGCUGCCUUAAUAAACUGCCUUGCGUUAUAAUUAUUGCUGCCCUUGCCGUGUGUGCCUCUUUAGUGGCAAAUAGGACUUUCAGCAAACUGGGAAAUAGAGAUUUGUAAGAACUAGACAUAGGCAACAAGAAAGUGUUCAUUUGGUGUCAACUUCCCUGCAUGUUCUGUAUGGUUCAGCUGUGCUUCAGUCUCAUUACUUCAAAUGCCCCUUCUUUCAUUAGCUUGACUUCACAAUUUAUUACCGUGUGCUUUUAAUUGAGACAAGAGAAACACUAAAUCAGUUUAAAUGUAUAAAGUAUUCUUUAAAAACAACUUUCGUUAUUUUCACAGUAAGAGGUUGAAUAUCAGAAGAGAAAACAAAGCCCAAAGUACCACUGUUAAAAUUUCGUGCUGAAACCCCAGCUUACAUACGUCAGGGCAAUGUUUGGAAUUUCAUAGUGUUUUCUUCACAUUUGCACCAUUGGGGUUUAGUGAAACUUCCUCAAACUCACCAAGUUCAGUCUUGGGUUCGUUUGGAAUAGAAUGCUGUUCCCCUUUACUGGCACAACAAUUAGGUUAGGUGCGAGUGGUGCUGUCGAAAUGCAUGAUGUCACAGUGAGCUGUUGUGGGAAUGCGGUGACGCUUCUCUGGCUAGCCUCUUCUCAUGAUGAGAGUGGCUUGCUUGGUGUUUGGAAACUCUAAUCCACCAGCCCAGUUCAAAUCACUUUCCUCUUUGGUGUCAUUUCACACAGGUGACCGGUUGUAUGCAGAUCAUCCAUGCAAAAUUUUCAGUGUGGGAAGCAACAAUGAAAAGGAGAUGAGAAGAGUGAAAGAUGUGUAAUGUUUGUGUCAUUGUGUUCGUUGCCUUCUGUCGUUGGUUUCAUCGGUUGCUGUUCUGUGUAUUCAAAAACGGAGAUCAAGUGUGGCGGCCUGUCUGCUUCGUGCAGGUGAGACGGUGAGCUCCCUGCUGAGCCAAGGCCGCCUGCUGUAUGCAUGCUCGUACUGCCCGUACACCUCGGUGCGGCGGUACACUGUGAAGCUGCAUGAGCGCACCCACACGGGCGAGCGGCCAUUUGUGUGCAACGUAUGCAAUCGACGCUUUGUGCAGCGCACCCACCUGGUGGUGCACCAGAAACGGCACGCCUCGGAGAAAAAGCCCCGCAAGUUGUUCGAAUGUCCCGACUGCCAAGCACAGUUCUUGAGCAAGAGGUGGUUCAAAUGCCACCGCAUGUCGCACACAAUGUGAUGGAGGAAUUAACUCGGCCACACGGGCUUGGCAGUACUCGAGGUCACCGAUGGCUUUCGUAGCAGAAAGUGGUUAGCACAACUGCAAAUUAGACUUUCGUACCCCAGGAAGUGUGAAUUUGACUCCUGUUAGGAUUCUCAACAAUGAGAUUGUAGAGCAUUGCAUGUCAGGGAUAAAUGUGCUUUAGGGCUGCGAAACAUUAUCUCUCUUAUGCUGUGUGGGAGAAUUCAGUAUCUUGACUUUAAAGUGAGUUCACUAGCUCUUCCCCAUAGUGUAGAAAACUUAAGCUAGACUCGAAAUGUUCACAGGCUCAGGCCAGUGUGAAGUCUACAACAUUUUCGUUGCACUGCUAAGUUCCAGAUGCAGCUAUGACAGCAUCAAGAGGGUUGCUCUAAUUUCAUGUGUACAAUGUUGUUUAGUGUUCUGUAGUACAAAUACUGCAACGAGCUGCGUCUACAACCGCAUGUUUGUCUGGUAACCGAACCACAGAGGCCAUUUCAAACACAGGACGUCUACAUCUCGUCCAGUCACCUAAUUACCAAAUGCAACAGGCAGCCUGAAGCUUACUGCUUGUCAAUGUCCUUUGCUGGUUGAAGGCAUUAUUUAAUUUUUGCCUAUUGCCACAGUUACCAUGUCAACUACCCAAGCGUCUGUACCAGACCACCAGCCGCAGAAAUGGUACAAAUUUAUAAGUGUAGCACGAUAGAUGAAACUAAGAAAGAAGGCUCAACAAGCGCUAUCUUGCAGGAGAAAUUGUACUUGAAUAAGCAUACAACUACGGACACCAACGACCAUCGUUGCCUCAACCCAUUUGAAUAGUACUUUCUUUUUCUUAGUCUUCUUUGCACUCUUGAACUUGCACUCAACUUGCUUUUACCUUGUGCUAUUGUUUGCAGUUCCUCUAUUGUGUGAUGUUAAGCAAGGGAAGCAUGUUUUUCAUACCACAAUAGUGUGCUCUGUCUGUACAGCUGUUCCUGCAUUUGCAUUUAUUAUCUGUAGAUCUGUCAUCAGCUUUCCUUUUGUAUUAUUUUUCUUAUGCACAUUUCUUUUUUUCUUGAGUCUGUGUGUCUCUGUGGUGUGCUUGACUGGGCCUGUGUGCCGCCCCCCAACAGGCCCAGUCAAGUCAUUUUUGUUCCGCUUUUCGUCUGUGCUCCUGACAUGUAUCCACAGUGUCCAAUAAAGAUUUCAUUGAUCGAUUAAA